CUGUACCUGCAGGUAAAAAGAUAUUCUGCUGCAGGCUGACAGAGGAACAAACUCAGCUUGACUUUACUGUCUUCUUCUUUCGUUGAACUUUCAGAAAGAGAUUUAAUCAGUUUUCUUACCUGGAGGAUCAGGAGGAUACAGAGACCUCCAUCAUGGCCACUGCUGACCAGCUACUGGAGCUGAUGUUCUCCUGGAUCGAGCAGAGGGAGAUCUGUGCAGAGAAGCUGAGGACUCUGGCCCACGAGUUGGAGCCAUCUGGAAGGAAACGCAAGACCACAAACACUGACUGCUUCAAAUCCAGUGACACCUUGAAAGAGACACAGGACAUUGAAGAGAAGAGCAAAAAAAUACAAGAAGAAAUCCAGAAACUGUUUGAGCGACUGAAGACGGAGAGUUCCUCCACAGACCCGGAUGAAGUGGACCGACACAUUAUGGCUGAGGUUCUGAAAGCCAUGGCCAGACGAAGUAAAGUGGAGGGGGAGAUCACCAUCCACAUGCAUAACGAUCGAUCGCUGGUGAUCAACAGUGUCCACCUGAAGCCCGAACUGUUAGAUGGACUUAAACAACUGAUUGAACAAAUGUCUAAAACUGGACUCCUGAAAGGAGAAUACAAAUUUGUGGGAGGAGCUGUUGGACUGCUGUUUGAACUUCCUGAGGCGAUCGACUACUGGAAAGACCUGAUCGAGAGGAAUCGUGUGACUGAAGCCAGCCAAUCACUGAGAGAUACAGCUGAUGCCAUUCUGAAGAUCUGCCGGAAGCCGAAGGAACAUUUUGACAACAUCAAGAAGAUAAUUGAAGUGGUGGAUAAAAGUCAACGAGAACACGAGGAAAACAAGAGUUCAAAUCCAGCUCGGGACCAGAGUGGAAACCAGCAGACUUCUGCUGAAUCUCAAACAGAUCAAAGACACGAGGAUGAACAAGAAGGUGGAACAGGAAGUGAUCAGCAGGGAGGGGGUGAUCAGGGAGAUAAGGAGACAGAUAGUGACGAUAGGCACAGGGAUCCGUACUAUGAGACGAGUGAGGACUAUGAGCCGAGUGAGGACUAUGAGCCGAGUGAGGACUAUGACCCGAGUGAGGACUAUGACCCGAGUGAGGACUAUGAGCCGAGUGAGGACCAAUACAAUAUCAACAUCUUGAAUGAGAAAAGAAAACUACAUUUCGAGAACACCCAGACACCUCCUGGAACAAUUAAAGUUGGGUUACUUAAUGUUCGUUCAAUGAAUAACAAGAUAUCCAGGAUCUUAGAGCUCAUAACAAAAAACAACCUGAACGUCUUCCUCACAACAGAGACGUGGUUACAAGACAACAAUGCCGCCACAGUCCUCAAGGAGGCCUCGCCACCUAAUUACCAUUACUAUUAUCAGAAUAGGGUUCGUCCAAAGAAAGGAGGUGGGGUAGCGAUUCAGUUCUCACCAGAGCUGCAGGGUGAACAAAUACAUUUGAACUUCUUAACAACCUUCGAAUGUGUUGUCACAGUUCUGCAUCAUGAUGAGUGGAACCAGUGGGUCCCAUUCAUCAACGUGUAUUACCCACCAGGGUACGACAAGGCCAAAUUUAAAGCCUUCCUGAAUGAGUUUCAAAACCUCUUGGCUAAUUUCAACAACUACAACAGCAUCGUUGUAACCGGAGAUUUCAAUAUCUGGGUCGAUCAGAAAAAGAGGUCCUUCACUGAUGAGUUUGAUCAUAUUUUGCCGAUCUACGACCUCGAGCAGCACGUACGGGAGCCGACACAACGGGCAGGUCACACUCUGGAUCUGGUCAUCACCAGAAACGUUGAAGUCUCUAAUCUUGUUGUCUGGGAUGACAAAAUAUCUGAUCAUUACACCGUAUAUUUCAAUGCAAGGCCAGUUUCACGAGAUACAAAGAGAGAUGAGCAGGAUAAACAGUUCAAUAAGAGAGAAGAAUAGAAAUGGUCUCUGGCUUAAAGGUUUUGCUGAUCACUUACACACUGAAAGUCAAUGCUUAAAGCAGAUCAUCAAAACUUCUUUGACUCUACUGACUCUACUUUCUGACAUUUAGACACUUUAUAUAUGCAAUCACUGGGAAACACAGUAAACAUACAUAUUGAAGACCAAUUCAUCAGUUUAAGUUGUUAAUGGACUCUGGAUUUUAGUAGAGAGUAAUUCUACUUCUCUUUGUGUUUGUUGUGUGUUGAUUGAGAUUUGAGUCGAUGUUCUGCACAGGAAGUCUGUGUGAGAAAUAUUAAAGGUUCACACAGGCAGCAGCAGUGUUUGUGUAAAGCACAUCUGUGUUUUUGCUGUUUGAAUCAGUCAGUCAGAUGUUAUUGUGUGUGUGUGUGUGUGUGUGUGUGUGUGUGUGUGUGUGUGUGUGUGUGUGUGUGUGUGUGUGUGUGUGUGAGUCAUUUGUUGCAAAAACGCCAUUUUCAAAUAUUCUCACUUUAAUCUGUCGGCUUGAUCUAAUCUACUGCGGCAGUAUGAAUGAGAAAUAAACUGUGAUUUUAUGUCAAUUAAUGGAUCAAAAUGAUGCUGAAAUAAUGAUGAUGUUGAUUUGUAAUAAGUCUGAAUUGAUACUUUGUCGGGUCUGUGUGCAAAAUGACGUGCAAAAAACUUAAAAUGCUUGUUUUCUGAAUGGAGUUUGGUGAUGCUAUGCUAUGCUCCCCAUUCUUCAUGUACUACUGGUAUUACGGGUAUUGUGUUGUGAUAAUAUUUUAUUUAUUUGUGCCGCAGAGAAUAAUAAACUGUACCAAAAAACAAAUAAAUCUUAAAUAUCCAAGAUAA